ACUUGUUUAACUUCCAGGUUAGCAGCGACACUGGCCAAGCUAACAAUUGCACUGUCAGUACGAUCGCUAACCUAAGUUAUGAAUGAUUAAUUAAAUCUAAUUUGGGUUUAUGAAGCAACAGGAGUAAGUACUGUAUUUUUAUAUUUUGUGUACGUUCUGGAGCCACCGUGGGAUGCUUAGUUGUCGUUUUAUACGCAAACAAUGGCGGAAAUAAGCUGAUCUUCAGUCCUAUUUUUCCUACUCACUGACUGCAAAACAUUAACAGAUGCCAUCAAGAAACCAUCUUGAGAAAGUUGGAAGAAAGAAGAAGAAGAAAUGGACAGAGGAGGCUAUGGAACGUGCACUGAUUGAGGUGAAGUCUCGUAGAUGCACUGUAAGACAGGCUGCAAAGCAGUUUGGCGUCCCAAAGUCAUCCCUGGGUGACCGGGUCAGUGGACGAGUGACACCGGGUAGCCGCAGCGGGCCUGCUCAGCUUAUAACAUCCUCUGAUGAGGAACUGUUGGUGGAGUUCUCUUUAUACAUGUCCAAGCAUGGGUUCCCACUUACUAAGCAGCAGCUGGUGUCUUUUGCAUCUUCCAUUUACAAGCGUCAACACAGGAGGGUCGCCUUUUCUAAUCUGGGCCAAACCUGGUGGCUCAAUUUUCGAAAACGACAAGAAAAGAAUAUUAGUAUUCAACUCGCUGAUGGUAUCAUCCGUGGGCGAACAGUUCAUGUCAGGAAAGAAACAGUGGAUCAUUUUUUCCACCUGUUGGAAACUGUGGUGGAAGCUCAUGCAUUAGGAGAGAAGCCUCGUCAGAUGUGGACCUGCAGCGAGAUGGAUUUUCAUCUGGCUCGUAAAAGGGUGCUUCUUCACAAAUCAACACCAAGGUCCAGGGACUACAUCUCUGUCCUGGCUUGCUUUAAUGCUGCCGGGAAGGACAUUCCCCCGUUUAUUGUCUUUUCCAAAGCAUACCCGGGAGGGGUUUGUUACAAGACACAAGGACCACCGCACGCCCUCUAUGGAUGGUCAGAAUCGGGAUGCGUCACCUCCGACCUUUUCAAGAAGUGGUUCCUCCGACACUUCCUUGCGUAUGCGCCCAAGGAGCGUCCGCUGCUGCUCAUUUUCGACGGACACAAGUCGCCCGUGAACCUGGAGGUGGUGGAGACAGCUCGUAAGGAAGACGUCCUCCUUCUGUGCCUGCCACCUCAUUGCUCGCACAACCUGCAGCCCCUCGAUGCCGGCCUGUGUUCACUCGUCAAGCAGCGUUUUUCAGCGCUCUUAGGUGACUCGAAUGCCGCCAACUCUACUCUCUUUGCAGUCACCAAGAAGGACUUUUCGGGUGUGUUCAAGGAUGCUUAUCGGGUGGCUGAAGAUGAUGAGGGGGUCAAGAUAGUCAAGGAAAGUUUUAAGAAAUGUGGCAUUUACCCUGUGAGCCACUUUGCGGCGAAUGAAGCCUGUUUAUUGUCACCACACAGCGUGGACCCUACAGACGGAGCAGCAUCAGGGCACCAUGUUGUCCGAGGUCUUAGUGCUCCUGGACCCUCCCCCUAAUUUAACAAUCUCUGUAUUCCAGCAUUCACACAUUAAUAUUCUAAAUAUUAUUCUGUCAUAUUUUUGUUUGCCUUCUUCGCCCACAUUUUUCAUCUGAUUAAAAAUAUUCCUCUUUGACAACACUUACGGCGAUGCCCCUGGUUGGCAGAACAGCUUAAAUUGAUAUUAUAAACUGUGAAUUAUCAAUACAGUUAUACCUCAUUACCUAUUUCUAUGAGAAAUCCUGUAAAUUCAAUAAAGCUGUUCCAAAUCACA